UUUUUGUGUUUUCUAAACUACAGUUUUAAAUGCAGCAAGCAAAGCCAGCCAACUCCGCACUUGUACGUUAGUUCCUGCUCUCCCCAAACAAAUGGGCUAUUCCUCUCCCUCCCAAUGUCCUCCGCCGCUCCUCCACCAUCUCAUCCUCCUUUAACUACCACUUCUUUCCCCGACAACUUAGGCACCAUUGGCUUAGGCUACGCCAUUGCUAUCGCCUUUGGCUUCCUUCUCCUCUUCUCCGCUCUCCUUCUCGCUUCCUAUAGCUGCUGCAGGACAAUCGCCUCCCGCCGCCGCCGCCUUCGCCAGGAACAGUCGUUUCCCGCCGCCAGAGAGAACAGUGUCUAUCUCCACCGCAUGAUCUUUGUGGCCGCGGACGAGGAUGAUGACGAUUCUGGGGCGGCUCAGAACGUCGCCGUCGUUGGCCUCCAACAGGCCGUCAUCAACUCUUACCCGAAGCUCGCCUACUCCCAGAAUAACUCUCGUUUCACCGGAGAUGAUGCGGUGUGCUCCAUAUGCCUUUGCCACUACAAGGAUUCGGAGAUAUUAAGGAUGUUGCCGGAUUGUAAGCAUUGCUUUCACGUAGGUUGUAUUGAUGCGUGGCUGAAACUCAACGCCUCGUGUCCGGUCUGCCGUAAUUCCCCGCUGCCAACGCCGCUUUCUACUCCGCUUUCGGAAGUGAUCCCGAUUUCUCAGUACUCCGAUGGCCGGAGGAGGCUAUAAUUGACUCACACCCCGAUCCGACACAGAGAAGGUAAAUCACUGUAACUCAGUGCGUACAAGGGAUUUGUUUACUUUUCACAUAAAGUCCACAUUGUGACUGCUGAAUUUGGAACAUUAAUUUCUUCUUCUAAAUACUUCUUACUGAAUCAGUGAGUUAAGAUUUGGUUUUGGUUAGUUUAGAUCUCUUGUCAAUUUUUUCAAUUUAUCUUCUUGAAUAGUUGAAUAUACUCUGGAAUAUUUAGUUAUCUACAUAGAGUGGAAUCUUGCAAUCAAAUUAGCAUAUUAUAUCUUUCCUUCUAAAACGAA